AUGACAUACUCUAUUUGGAAUGAUUCAUGCCAACAGCCUAUGCUCAUAGCUUCUUCUGGAACAUACACAAAGCUUGUUCAAGAGUCCACGGCCAAGUUGAAACAACCCAUUGACUCCAUCAUGUCGACUCUCAAUGACCGCGCCAUUGGGUUGUCAAAGUGUGUCAACUUCAUUGCUGCUCUUAAUGAUGCGAAGCUCAUGCAACAACUGUCGCCUGUCUCAGCACUUGGGUAUCUACGCGAAGCCUCCAUUUACAGCGAACAAGGAAAACAGCAACAAGCUAUCGAUAUUUGCAUGAAGGGACUCACUAUGGCGGUUACAAAGGAUUCAGACUAUGCUACAUUGCAACAAGCCAAAAUCGACGCUGAGCAACGCCAUGCCACACGCAUUGAUUACAUCAGACAGCUUCCUCACGACCUUGUGAUAUCAACCCUCAUCCCCAUGUUUAUCGAUGAUGGCUAUAUGGAUUCAUUGAAGCCAAGCCCGUCUUUGUAUGUUUCCCACGUAUGGUGUGAUCGCAUUAUCCAGUCUCUUGGUGGAUUGCGUUUCUUGAUUGGAUCAGAGGAAGACAACACCAUCGCACCAGUCAUUGAGUUUGCACGGCACAUAAAGGCAUUGCACGUUGAUCAAUAUACCGAAGGAACAUGGCUGGGCGAUUUGAUUGGCGAUCAUGACUUUUCCUCGUUGCAGGAAUUACAGAUUGAUGGGUUCACGACACUACACAUUGGCCAUUUUCUCUCAUCGUUGAAAUCCGUCAGCAGCACCUUGACGCAUUUUGUUGCUGAUAUGGAAAGUGGGCCGAUGUUAGGCAUACCUGAGGUUGUGUUGACUUGCCCAAAGCUGGUUUCGCUUAGCAUUGGUGACACGUAUGAUCCCGAUGUCAGCUCUCUCCCAAUGUAUCAUUGGCCAACAAUAACGUCACUACGUCUUACCUUUUCAUGCAAGCCUAUCACUUGCACUCAUACCAUCGAGAUCUGGAAACGGUUUCCAUCACUCAAGGAACUUGAACUUCACCCAUGUCCCGAUAUCAAGCCAGCACUUGUUGUCUCGGAAUAUCACCCAACGAUUAAAAGCCUCCACCUUUGUAUCGACGCCAUGGGUAUUCGUUACACUUACUCGGAUGAAGGAAUCCACGGCGAAGAAGCUGGCGUGACAAAGCUUACCAUCGGCACUAUUGAUUUCCCAGAGGAGAUAUGCAAGGACACCACCUCGGUUGUAAAGCGACAUCACAACACGCUCAAGCAUCUUGAAUGGGAUAUGGAUACUAGCCAUGACACUGAGAAUAUCGACAACAUUGACUUCCCUCGUCUUACAAAACUUUCGCUGUUUUAUUAUGGAUGGGAGAUGAUACGCAAUGCACCUGUUGUAGUGCAUUUCGGGACCCGUGCAUAUCGCGAUAUGCCCUAG